GUAUUGUAGAUGUAUUUCAGGAACUGAGAUAGCAAAAUCCCCUCAAAAAUACACACCUUUUGCAAAAUCUAUGCUGUUGGUUGGCAUUAGCACUGAUCGAAAAAGACAAAGAUGUCCAGAAGUUCGCACAAGGGUUAAACACAACAUUGAAUUAUAUGCAUACAAUUAUACUUGAUUACUGUUGGACCCUCCAGAAAUCCAGGUCACUGAAUCCAGUGAAUGCAGAGAUUUUCCAUCUAUUCCAUAGCCUAAUUUUAUGAAUGUGCUUGCAUAGGGAAUAUAUUUGCUGAAAGCUGCGUGAGGAAUUUAAAACGGCAGUUUACAGAAGCUGUUAAAAGAGUCAACAUCAGUAUUGCAGAAUAAUAAUGCAAGAUGUUUCUGGACAGAAGCACAUUUCCAUUCAUUUAUACACCGAUACCAGUCAUCAUCAUCUAAACCCAGUAGAGGUCGUCUUCCUCGUUCUCAUUAUAACGCGCCUCAUCACCAGUGUGCAUGCAUACCCGCGCUCGCGCACCGGAUACGUGAUAUUUUCCAAUCAAAAGGAGACGACUUUCCGUCGCAAAAUUAUUGAUAUAAUUGGACGAUUAUAAGAUAGCGUCGUUUGAUAUUCCAAUACAGAAUCUGCUGCUGGUAAAAUGCGAUAACCUGUUACAAUAACGCUCGCGUGAUUGAUGUGGUGGUCGCUGCUGUUUGACGGUUUGCAGACGCAUCGCCUUUUAAAGUUUCGAUGCUGCCACGUCGGCUGACCUAAAACAGUGGAGAGAAGACCUCAGUCCAAGGAACUGGAAAGGAUAGAUCAAAUGUCUUUUUCGGGACCUUUCGGCCUAUUGCUGAAUUUAUAUCUAGCCAGAUGGCCCCAAGAAAUGCGCGUAACGGUUUCUACAUUUUGGGCUCCAGUAACGGGAAUGGCAACGCUGGAACCCAAGCCAUGUCGGAAUGGAUAGGCUUAUCGUGGUCGCAUAACGCUGGCCGAAAACGUGUUGACCUGGACGGAGUCAGAGUGUGGACCAAAUGUCUGAUAUCUGUUGGAAUUACGCUGCUCCUGGUACCGUCCAUAUUGGCCAUAAAUGAUGAAGGAAGGCUUGAGGCAUCAGUACAAACCCCCAAUCCUCCCCAAGAUCCAACUGGAGCCCCAAACACCACAGUCACUUCUUCACUGCUGGAAGAGGAAGAUUUCAAUUUGGAGUUACAAUCCUUGCCAGCAGGGGCAGAGAGCACAAGGGAAGAGCCUGUGUUUGCCUCAGUACAGACCCUGAAGGUUGCAGAGACGCUGCCUGAGGAGCUGGUGCAUUCUCUGUCCUCCCCACCCAGCAACAGUGACAAUCGCACCAAUCAAAAGUCCCCUGGGGAGCUGGCUGUCAGAGUGCCAAAGCCAGUGUCCCCAGCACAUAAAAUCAACAGUGUCUUGACCACUAGCUCAGACGAUACACUCAGUGAAUUCCCCAGGAACCCUGACCUGCCCACAGCCCUAGGUUCCUCUUUCAUGUCUCUGGCAGACAUAGAUGCCUCCAUCACUGACAAUGUGACAAGUCCAGUCUCCAUUUCCACUUUCCCAUUUAAUGUCACCUCUCCUGAAAGGGCUGACAACGCUUCAUCUGUCACUUCGACACACAACAACUCCCACACCGUGACCAGCAACAGUCUCCAACUUACCACAGUGACCACCACAACUGUCACGCCCUUAACUCUGACAUCCAUGACUGUGACUCCGCCUACUAUAGCCACUGUGGCAAAAGAGGUAGAGACUACGUUGGUGCCCACAACAGUUGCCGAAACCACCACAACCAAGACAGAACUGCCAACAACAAUGACUACGUCUACGACAACCACAACGACAACAACAACUACCACCACCACCACCACCACCACAAAAGUAGCACCAACAACCUCAAAAAUACCAACAACAACUUUAGCGACCACCACAACAUCAACCCCUCUUCUAACCACCGCCUUAUCUACCUCUGGAAGCACCACGACUGAACUGAGCACCCCACCCACUGAUAGUACUUUGUCCUGCAAUGUGACUGAACGGUUAUGGCUGAAAACAGUAUUGUCCAUCCAGAUGCGACGAAAUCGGCUAGAGGCUGGAAUGAGACCGAACCUGUCUAAAGGUUUCACCCAGGCCCUGCAGAGAGCUUUCAAUGACAGCAGCAUCCGUGUUCAGUUGGAAAGAGAUAUCUGCACCCCUUCAAAUGUGACCGUGGGUUAUUAUGUCAUGAGAGGGAAGACCGUUAUUGUAGCUUCUGUUGUGAUGGACACCAUAACGUCCUAUGGGUUUGACAAGCUAUUGGAUGACAUCAGAGUGUAUGUGCCUGCCAUAUUGGCAGUCCCCAGUCCAGUGGCCCAUUGGCUUCCCAGCCUCGGCAUCCACCUGCAACUCAAAACAGUUCUUAGGUUUGUCGGGCCAACAGAUGACAUCAGGUCUUGUGGUUUCAUCCAAAUGAUGGAGCAACGGUUGGAAAAUGUGUUUACCGAGGCAUUGGAAAAAAUUGAGGACUCUUAUGGGGCUCUUUCAGUUGAGAUCCUGAAUGCAUAUCAAACAGGAAAUUCUUUGGCAGUGACACUGGUGUAUAUAGUGUGGAAUGGUAGCACUCCUUUGAACGGUACAGUGUCCAGUGGUCUGCUUAACCAGUUAACUGCUGAGCUGGUGGGCUACUUUCUAUUCUUCCCCCCUCUGAUCAUUGCGGAGCCUCUAGAGUACCACAAUCUCAACACUUCAGUAGCAACCAGAGAUUACUGGGUAAUCACAGUAAUUCAGGACGUUGACAGCUCUUCUCUUGAGGGGAGUUAUCAGAGCUUUGCUAGUCUAAUGGAGCAGCGGCUGGUUGAGCUCUUUCUGGUUGCCAGUCGUCACGGUCUUCGUUUCAGGAGAGCCACAACUGUAGACGAAUACACUGUACAGAUGGUCAGUAUACGGCGACUGCCUGGGCCCAAGAACCCAGCUGAAAUGACCUACUAUGUGCAGAUAGAUGGUUCUCCAAUUACUGGCACCUCUGCGGCUAAAACCCUCAAUAUGGUGGACUCUCAAACUAUGGCUCUCACUCUGGGCUACUUUGUCCAAAUUCAGGCAGAAGCGGUGGUAAAGAGUCUGCCUAGUAACUACUGGAUACUGGCAGUCCUGAUACCCGUAUCGCUAGUGAUGGCUGUGGUAAUCAUAGCGGUAGCUGUCAUAUGCAGAAGAAACCGUUCUGUCUUCAAGACCAGUGCUUUUCGCAAUUUCCAUCCUCGCACCAAGGCUUCAUAUCGAAGAGAUGGAAGUUACCACCACCAGCCUGUGCAGGGUUUCGACUAUGCCAAGCAGCACAUGGGCCAGCCAGGUGAGGAGGCUCUCACUGUCACCAAGGAAACACUUGUCCUGUCCCUCCCCGUACGGGAUGCCCCACUCACACAGGACAGGGUAUCAGUGGCAUUACAAGAUGGGACUGCCUCAAAAAGACCCCAGUUGACAGAGAUGCAUCUCAGCAGGUUGCCAAGCGAGGAUGGCUCUAUUUCGAGCAACGAUUCUGGGAAGCUGAACACAGGCAGGAGCUCCAUAGCUCGGAGAAGUACAGCACAGAAAGCACCCAAAGAAGAGCAACACACAAGAAAUGACCAUUAUGACUCUCUAACUGGCUCUCUUCGCCUCAUUACCAUCAAGCCUAUGGCUGCCCCCCUCAAUUUUUCCUAUCCUGACUCAUCCAAUCACAGCCAAGACUCUGUCAUCCUGAAUGGAGAGGUAAAUAUUGGACUGAAGCAGAAGUCAGACAUUGAGCAUUAUCGGAACAAGUUGAGGUUAAAGGCUAAAAGGAAAGGUUACAGUGAUGGUCCUGUAUCUAGCAGUAGUGGAAGUGGCAGUGGACACUUGUACAGCCAUCGAGACAGGCUAAGGCGAGAGAAUGCAUCCCUGGAUUUGGAAGAUUUGCGGGGACCAAAGGAGAACAGGAAACCCUCCACUUAUGUAAAGUACCGCAGGAGUGACUCCCAUAGGGAACCUGCAUAUUGGAGCAGGCAGUCUCUGCACACCCCUAGUCCAGUGGAGACAGAGAUGGACAUGCUGGUCAUGAGGGAGAGAUCUAGAAGGGGAAUCCGCAACAGCGGCUACGAUGGUGAGCCAGAGCCAAUUGAAGAGACCGAUGUGGAUCACCUUCUGAGUUCCCUUGGUUUUGGUGUUGACCCUCAGGUCAAAGGUCAUUCUGACUCAUCCACCCUAAGUUCCCAACCAUCCAUUGAUGAAGUGAGGCAGCAGAUGCACCUACUCUUGGACAACGCCUUUGGCCUGGCCUCUGCUGAGCCUACUCCAACCAACCACCACCACCAUCACCACCACCACCACCCUCAUAGUCCUUACAACCCCAGCCAUAGUAGCCCCUACUUGGAUGGAGUUACCAGCGCACCUGGCACUAUGAACCACCCCAACGGAGCUCUUCAGCGUGGCUCCUCCUUUGGGCCAGAUAUGCACCAGUGUAGCCUCCCCAAGCCUGGAUUCAGGUUUACCCAGCUGCCUGAUAUGGGUUUGGGGUCCCCACCCCCCCUUAUUCCUCCAAGAGGAGCAGCCCCACCUGGAACUUCACUAAGACGGUCGACACCAGACAUGAGUCUGAAGCCUCGUGUCUCUGAUGCCUCUGAGAUGAGUCAGCACAAUGGCACCCCCUAUCUGCCAAUCAGUCGAGCUCCAUUCCCCGCUGUUACUGUCGAUGAGUCUAUGGCAAGCUACUCAGGAAACCCAAUGACAGCAGUAUAUGCCAUAUCUGCCAACCGCCCUGGCUACUCUGACUACUUUGUCCUGUCUCCACCAUCCUCCUACCGGAGUCCCUCUUGGAUGUCAUACCCUCCAGAGCCAGAAGACCUUCCACGUCAGUGGAAUGACACGGUAAAGAACCAGUGUCAUCUGGAAACCAUUUGCUGAACUGGAUUUAGUUCUGAUGUUGAGCAGAUACAGAAAUUUACAAGGGGUGCAUACCACCAAAAAUAAUUGUUGCCAACUCUGAAAUUACUCAUCCAGCAGCUCUAACCCACCUCAGAGCUCAGCUGAACAGCCAACCCGACCCGUAAUCCACAAAGUCACCUGCCGGCCUCAUCAAGAUGCAGCACCCGUUAAUAAUCAACGUCCCUGUGAGGGUAAAUCGCAACCUGUCCUUGACGUAUAAAAACCAUGUUGAACAAACAGCAGGUUGUCUCACUGGCCAAAACUGUGUUUUUCUUAAAGCUUUUUCAAAUUACGAAACAAGUGUUGUAUCUUAUGCAGCUGGCUUUAUGUGUUUUAAACACUUAAGUUAUUAAUAAUGGAAAACUAAAACGUUUUUUUUUUUUUUGUCUUGGGCAAUCUUAGCUUCACUGGUGCGUUUCUGUGUCUUUUGCUGUAAUUUGUGAUUUUUUUUUAGAAAAGGUUAUAACUGCAGGUGAUUUCUUUUUGUGCACACUGUAUGGCUUACGUAAAAAUGUUGACAAUGAAUGGCGUAAAAGAAAUGUACAAUUUGGAGGGAUGUGACAUCCUGUACUGUAUCUACUGUACGCAUUCAAGCAGAAAUAGUAGAUGCUUUAUCUUUCUCUCAGAAAUGCCAUAGCUUAUGCUGUAUUAAAGUGUUUCACAAUGCACAGCCAUUCAUAAAAGGCAUGAAUCAUCUUUAGGUAUGUUGUGGGUAGCCAUAAAGUUUUAGUUGACAAAAAGAUUUAAAAGUAGUUAAACCCAGAUGCCAGAAUUAUAGUAGAAAGCAAGGGCUAGACUUUAAGAGGGAUUCAUAUUUUUACUGGCUUUUUGUAAGUACUUAAAGAGUGACUAAAAAUAUAUUAUAUAUAAAAUCAAAUAAUAUAAUAUUUUAUUGCCUUAUUCAUAAAAGGUACCUAUAUAUAUAUAUAUAUAAUAUCAGAUAGCGAAAUCUAGAUAAAUUAUCUGUUGAAAUAUACAGCAUACACCAAAAUUGACUUGAAAUCAGAUUUAGAAAGACAUAUUUAUCAAAUUGAAUACAAUAAACACAGCAUAAUUCUUCAUAUUUUCAAGUUGUAAGUAAGUACAGUGUUACGUAUGAAUCAUUUGGCAUGUGUUCUUAAGAGAAUGAUUCUAAUGCAUGUAGUCUGGACACAAGAAUUAAAAGGGUUUUGUAUGUGAAGCAAGACCCAUAUUUUCUUUGGGCAGUUAUAGAAAGGGUUAGGUUAGUUCUACUCAAAAAAACAAACAAACAAAUAUAAAAUUAAAACACAAUUCAGAGACAUACACAGCUGAAGUAUCCCAUUAAAAAGACGCUAUCUAGUCAAUGUACAACCAUUUUUUGUUAAGGUGCAUUCGCAGAAUGACGCAUUGCAAUCAAGCUGCCUUGGAAUAUAUUAAAUGUCAUAAUGACAUAAUCGGAUUAUGAAAAUCGCAAAACCAUAACAUAAUGUGUUGGAUAAAUUGUUAUAAAUGCCACAGAUGAUUACAUUUUUUUUUUAAGAAUGUUGUCCUUUUGGUUUAAGUAUGUUGAUGCGGGGAUGUGCAAAUAUCUUAACUAUCCCUUAAUUGUUCCUUUUUAAAGUAUUUUAUUUUAAUAUUUUUAUAUAAAUUACAUCACCCUUUUUGGCCAACAAUGGAGGAUAUUCUGCUAAAACGGUUACUAGUGUAAAAUAUAGUGCUUCAAAUGAAAAAAAAAAAAAAAAAACUUGUGAAACUAUGUGAAAACAAUUGUUAAUAUUCAUUACAGAGUGUCUAUUUACACUAAGUGCAAAUAGCUCAUCUUGUUGGCAGAGGCUAUAUACACUAACUCCGCCCACUACUGCUCAGACUAAACUCAAGACACACACGACAGAUUUAUUUGGAGUUAACUGCUGAUCAAAUGAAGGCGGGCAUAUUUAAAUUUUUCGUGAUUGGGCAGAGACAUUUAACUGGUUAACGGGUUAGACAUUUAGUGGAUUAAGAGAUUGGAUAACUAAGUGACAAUCUGUGCUCCUGAAGUCUGGUACAAACACAGAAUUUUACAACAAACUGCUCCCCCAUGUGCAGCCUAUGUAGCUCUGGGUGUUAUGGUAUGUGUAUGUGUUGUCACGCUGGAGAUCUGGGUUAGAAUCCCACCCUUUGACAUACUUUCCCCAUGUCUCUACUCUUAAUAUUUCCUAUAAUGCUAUUUAUAGUAAUAAAUGAAAGAGAUUCCUCUCAGUGAUUUGGUCAGAAUGAAGAUCAGGGAGUUGAGAGAAGGAUUUGAUCCAGAUAAAAUGAACCAUGGUUUUACUGUAGUAAUAUUGUAGUAACCAUGUGUUUUGGUGGAAACUAUAUAGUUCUGUUGUACUAACCAUUGUGUUACUUCAGUAACAUGUUGUUAAUAGUAGUUAAUUGUUACCAUGUUUAAUUUUGUGGUUAUUAUGAUUUUACUACAAAAAUGUCAUGGUGAUACUACAGUUACUGUAGUAAAAUCAUGGUUCAUUUCUGUAAUGUAGGGUUAGGGGUAGGGGUUGGUGUAGGGUGUCUGUGGGACUCCAAAUAAAACAAUAAAAUGCUGCAGUGUCACUAUACGGUAUUAGUAUUUAAACAGGGGUGUAAGAAUAUCUGCCACUAUUUGCACUAGUGUGCAAAUAGCAUCUAACGCUGUUUGCACUUAUUGCAAAGAAGAUGCUUUUUGUUGCUUUUAACACGUAGUGCAAAUAGCCUCUGCCUAUUUAUUAUGUGUACAUUAUCGUAACAAAUCAAAUGUUGAUGAAUUGUUUCCUACUUAUACAACACUAAACGACUUCAUAUUUUCCAGAUGUACUGUAUAUUUCCCCUUCGAUUCUGUAAAAACAAUAUUUGUUUUAAACAUUCAACUUGUCUUUUAUUUUCUUCCUGAUUAUUUUCCAUAGCAUAAUGUAAAAUACCCAUCAUUAUAAUCUUGGUUUAGCACUUUGAAAAACUCAUUCUUGUGGGUUGCACACUGAAUCAAAUCUAAUAAAAACUACAGAGCAUUUGAUCAUUUAAAAAUGAUUAAAUAGUCUAAAAUGUGGUUUAUAUUGUUUCAUUUAACAUGUUGGAUAUCCGAUUCAUUUUAGUGAAUCGGUCCAUCCUUUAUGUUCCUCAGGUGUAGUGUUGGAAAGUUCAAUUAAUUCAAGUGAAUCAGUUCACUUGGACGAUUCAUGUAAAUGUCCAGAUUAAAAAACAACUC